CACAUGAGGUAUGAUUACCAUACUCACCAAGCUCAUGCAAACACACACUGGCAUACAAACACCAUUAAAUCAAAUUCCUGCACUCAGAGAGGAAAGGAAAAAACAGGGAUGCUCAUAGCAGGUGCCAAAAACUGAGUGAGACAAGAGAGAGACAUAGGGAUGAAGCAAGACUAAAACACUUAGUAGCGUUAUAGAAGACACUCAAACUAUCCUUGAAUAUUUUUGUGUUUGUAUUUCUCUCUAGUCUGUUCAUCUAAAUCUGUUCGUCUAAAUCUGUCCAUACUGUCUUGCAUUAGUGGUGUAUCUGGGGCCAGAAUCAUUUGCACCAUGCUGUGCUCCUCUGUAUUUGUGGUACUUCUAGUCCUGCUAGCUCAUCCAGUUCCCGGACAUGCCCGAGCCCUGCACACCCCUGACAAAGCCAUGCAGGUCAUCGAGCAGUUCCUUGAGCGCUACAAUGACCUUUUGACCCUUGAUGAUCUUGAGAACCUCACAAGUGACCAAUCAGAAGAACCCAUGCAGACCUUCAUUUCUGGGUUGAAGGUCGCAGAGUACCCCAAGUGGAUUGGCAUACCGGUGCAGAGCGAGAAUGCCUGGCUCCGCCUCUUAAAAGGGGCUUUGGCCAAUCAGAAGCGAGCUCAACCAGACCGGCUGCGGAGGGGUUGGAACCGAGGAUGUUUUGGCCUGAAAUUGGACCGGAUUGGCUCUAUGAGUGGCCUCGGGUGCUAAUAAUGGACUGAGAGUUGAACCAAGAAGAUGAGAUGACUGUUGUCCUGCUUAGCUUUAGGUAGAGGUCAUCACCAAACUCUGGUCUGCUCUGGGACUCGGACCCCGUAAAAAGAGUUGUACAAACUAGGUGGACAAGUUCAUUACCUGCUGUAUCUCUACAUUGGAUUUGGAGUGACAUGUUGUUUCAAUGUAUAUGUAUAUUUAUUUAAUGAGGAGGCUAGAAAAAAUUAAGUGUUCAACUUAGUAGAUAAGUUAUAAUUACCUGCGUUUUGAUUUAAAACUAUUAGUUAUAAAUGUUUGUUUCUAAUAGUUUUAAGGGAAAUGCAUGAUUUACAGAACAUAAUGUAGUACUGCUCACCUUAUAUUUCUGUACAUUUUGCAUGAAUAAAAUUACGUGUUUCUUUUUGC